UAAACGCGCAUGACUGGGGAACGAAUGAGUAAGGUCACAGCGAAGUUAAAAUACUUAUGCAGCUGUCGGACGGACCCUCAUCCCACGUCUCGGCAAAGGGAGGAUUAUAAGAAACGCGCUGUCUCUGUUUUCCUUCCAUUAUCAUCUUCACCUUCUCUCCAGUCUCCUUCAUACACGACAUAAGGAACCGCAGCCAUGGUGGAGGUCACAGAGAUGUACAAGAACGUCCCGGAAAAGGGCAUGCUUGCGUACGCGGCCCCCUCGCUCUUUCAGCCGCACCACGCGCGCCAGGCCAUCCGGGACGCCCACGAGAAGAAGAUUGGCCCUCUGCUGGGCUACUACGCCGGUCUCUCCUCGGUGCCCAUCACACGGAUGCUCGCGCCCAUGAAUUAUGACUGCGUCUGGGUCGACUGGGAACACACGUCGUGCAAUGUCGAGACCAUGACCGAAAUGGUCCACCAGGCCAUCUUUAUGAGCCAAGGCCACACCAUCCCCUGGGUGCGUGUUCCUGGUCACGACCAUGCUGCCAUUGGAUACGCCCUGGACGCCGGUGCCUCGAUUGUCGUACCGCAGGUCGACACGGUCAAGCAGGCCAAGCACGUUGUAUCCGCAGCCAAGUUUGGCGCCAAGAUUGGAGGAUCCCGAUCCGCGCCACCCUUCCGACUGAUUCCUGGCCUCACGGACCAAUCCUACCAUCCGCACAAGGAUGUCUUUGCGGCUGUCAACGACCAGGCCGCUAUUAUGAUCCAGAUCGAGUCCCUCGAGGCCAUCAACAACCUCGACGACAUUCUGACCGAGGUCGGCGAGCACAUUGACAUUGUCUGGCUGGGCUCGUUGGACGCCCGUAUCAGCAUGGGCCUUCCAGCCCAAUUCGGCUCGGGUGGGGAGCCCGAGUGGCUCGCCGCAAGAGACAAGUUCUUCCAGGUCAUGGAAAAGCAUGACAAGCCCUACGGUGGGUUCUCUAUUGGCUCGGCACCGUUUGGUACUCUGGACACGAUUCGCCAGGCGUCGGAGCGAAUGUCAUUCAUGGUCGUCUCGGGGGAUGUGCUGCAUCUGAUGGAGAUGCAGAAGGAUCUGGCAGAUGCCCGGUCCGUCGCUGGCGACUUUGUGAAGGGGAGUAAUGGGAAGGUCGCAGUGAAUGGCAGUAACGGUGUGUGAUUCCAAGUCCAGACGGGGACGUCUGUAGAGAAGCUGCCGGAGAAUCAGUACACCGAAAAUAAUUGUACGAUAUUCACAAGCGGGCACUUGACGUGUUCUCUUCCCAACGCUCGGGGCAGCAGCUU